AUGAAGGUUCUUCCAGAUGCUCUUCAAGACUUCUUCACCCCAAGGACGACGCGUUCUCAACGUGUCUUCUCUCCUUGGGAGGGGCCCGUUAUAACGACAUCCAACCCAGGGUUUGAUCUUGACGCUGUUGUACGGUGUCGUGUAGAGGAGGAGGACGCACUCGACGCCUACGAUCCCUUUGGCCAAUCACCCCUCUCGUCGCCCCCGAGCACCCCAUGUAUCAGCCGUGUACCAUCUCCCAAUGCCGACCCUCUCACAGAGCCACCGCCAUCGACCCCGGCAACCUUGCAUCCGACGGAUGCAAGUACAUCUCAGACCCACAGCAAGAGUCGCAACAAUCGCAAACGCAAACGACGCGAGACGAAAGCCGAGCACAACUCUAGCCUCCAUCAGGACGUUCCGCCCCGUUUGAGGAGCAAACACACGCAUGCUACCGAACCUCUAGUCACCGCGUUCGACAUCGACGAUGCACCCCAUGCCUCCUCGGGAUAUAUAGGUUUAGUGGAGGAAUCGUGGAAGCGGGAGCAUACAUUGGAUGAACUAACGGGGCCCAAGUUUAACUUCCGGCACUAUGGGUGGCAAGGCCGCGUGGCCACCCCUAUAGUUGAUCAGCAGGGACGCGUCAUCGCAGUCCUGGCAGGGCAUCCGGACGAUCCCGACUGGGAUUCUGUGCACAACGAAGCGGCGGAGGCUCUUGAAACACUUCGACCCAAGUGCAAACUCGCCCAGGAGCAGCGCAAACAUCGAAGGGGCAGGUUCGGUGCUCUUAGCUAUGGAAUAUCGUAUGGCGGUGGCCAAACUCAUCCGCAGAACCUACAUCAUAACGACGCCAAUACAUCUGUUCCGCUCACCCUGGUCAACUGCAUCGCGUUCAUGCGCCUUGCUGCAUUCGGGAGCUCUGCGUUCGCCACUUGGGCUCCAAGGACGUUUGCCUAUUACGCAACACACCUUCAUGCUCUCCUCCUGCACGACGCUAGUCUCAUUCGUAAUUGGCUCAGCAGUAUCUUCGCCGCCGCGACCUUUAACUUCGGACCACGUACCUGCUGCUUUCGCCACACAGACUCAGGCAACCUGCCAUUUGGAUGGUGCGUCAUCACAGCCCUUGGAAAUUUCAAUCCUCAAAGGGGUGGCCAUCUCGUUUUGUGGGAUUUGAAGUUGGUUAUCGAUUUCCCCCCCAGUUCCAGCAUCCUAAUUCCCUCUGCCAUCCUCAGUCACUCCAACACCAAGAUCGGCAAGGGAGAACGACGAUAUUCCUUCACUCAGUACAGUGCUGGCGGGCUUUUCCGAUGGGUUGACUAUGGCUUUAGGUCGAGCGAGGAGUAUCGGGCAUCGUUGCAAGGGGAGGAGCUCAUCCGUGCGGAGGAGGAAUGCGCUGCGCGUUGGUCGAUGGGUUUGGAUAUGUUCUCCACCCUUGAUGAACUUAGAACUUCUACAUGA